AUCACGGUCACUUCUUACGAUCAACACAACUACACUUUGACAACGACAUCGGCACCAUGCAGUCCGACGAGGUCAUCUGGCAGGUCAUCAACCAGCAGUUCUGCUCGUACAAAGUCAAGACCGUGACUCAAAACUUCUGUCGCAAUGAGUACAACCUCACGGGUUUCUGCUCGCGCCAGUCGUGCCCGCUCGCCAACUCCCGUUACGCGACCGUCCGCGAGAAGGAGGGUGUGCUCUACCUCUACAUGAAGACGAUUGAGCGUGCGCACUCGCCCGCCAACCUGUGGGAGCGUGUCAAGCUGUCCAACAACUACACCAAGGCGCUGGAGCAGAUCGACAAGGAGCUCAUCUACUGGCCCAACUUCAUCACGCACAAGUGCAAGCAGCGUCUCACCAAGAUCACGCAGUACCUGAUCAAGAUGCGCCGUUUGAGCAUGACGCAGCAGCCCAAGCUCGUCGGUAUCAAGAAGAAGCUCGAGAGGCGUGAGGCUACCCGUGAGCGCAAGGCUCUCGCCGCCGCCAAGCUCGAGAAGUCGAUCGAGAAGGAGCUGCUCGAGCGUCUGCGGUCCAAGGCGUACGGCGACACGCCGCUCAACGUCAACGAGGACGUGUGGAGGCAGGUCCUCGAGAUGGACAAGGGCAAGGGCCGGCUCGAGGAGGAGAUGGAGGACGACGAAAGCCUGCUCGACGAGGAGGAGUGGGAGGAGGACGGCGCCGGCGACCGCGAGUUCGUCGAGGACUCGGACGACGAGUCGGACGUCGGCGACCUCGAGGACUACUCUGGCAGCGAGUUCGACGAGUUCGACUCGGACGGCGACGAGGACGAGGGCCAGGCGUUCCCAUCAGACCUCGAGGUGUCGGACGAGGACGACGAGGGCAGCGACGACGACGGCGAGGACGAGGCGCCGGCCCCGGCCAAGAAGCCCAAGGCGCCUGCCCCUGCCCCCGCGGCCGGCUCCAAGCGCAAGGCGCCAGCAAAGGACCCGAAGAAGGGUGGCGCCAAGAAGCGCGCGCCGCACGUCAACGUCGAGUACGAGAUGGAGACGGAGCCCCUGUCGCGCGAGAUGAUCAACAACUGGUAGAGUGGGAGGAGCUCGUGGCCUGGAUACCCCUGUACUGUUACCCCGUCUCUGUAAUCUCAUCUGGUGCGCUGGCAGCGCAUUCUUCCGGUACUACCACUGCAUGCAUACAACAUGGUCUGAGA